AUGCCUAUUCUUCCUGGCAUCAACAAUCUGACCAGAUAUUCGAUGGAUGCACACGAUUCCAACGUCAAUAAUGCUACAUCUGCUACCGUGUCCGCCACCGCUUCUGCUACAAAGGCUUUGUUUCAACCGCCACAGCCAGGACAGACUUACCGUCCUUUGAACGUCAAAGACGCUCUCUCCUAUUUGGACGAGGUCAAAAUUCAAUUCAGAAACCAGAAUGAAGUCUACAAUAACUUUCUUGACAUCAUGAAAGACUUUAAGAGCCAAAAUAUUGACACUCCCGGUGUUAUCGAUCGCGUUUCUGCUUUGUUUAGGGGCCAUCCAAAGUUGAUCGAUGGCUUCAACACCUUCUUACCCGAGGGAUUCUCUAUCGAGUGUUCUCCUACUGAUCCCAACACCAUCGUAGUUACUACUCCUUUAGGUAAAAGUAUUCGUCAGGGUACUACACACUACGAUCUUCCCCCUCCUCCUCCGGCGGCUCCUAACGCUUCUACAGCAUAUCCCGGAUAUGCUCAGUAUCCUGCAGCCGCGUACUAUACUUCAGCUCAACCCGGGCAACCGGGACAAGCUCUCGGACCUUAUAGCAUGGCUCAAAUUCCUCAGGGUGUCGGUUCUAUGGGUCAACAACAACCACUUCAGUCUCUUCCCCCAGGUGUUUCUCCUGGCAUCCCCCGGGUUCCGGUGACUGAUGCUAGACAGGGAUCUCCAGCAGAGUUUGACCAGGCUAUCAACUACGUCAACAAGAUCAAGCAAAGGUAUGCCAGCCAGCCAGAUACAUAUAAGCGUUUCCUCGAGAACUUGCAGAUGUAUCAAAAAGGCGUCAAACCAAUCGAAGACGUGUACAGAGAGAUCUCUGGAUUGUUUAGAGAUGCCCCUGAUUUGUUGGAGGAUUUCAAGUUGUUUAUGCCCGAUACUCCGCCCAAGGUGGCCGAGUACGGCUAUAUGCAGCUUCCUCCUGUGGGAAGUUUUGCUCCUCCAACGUUUGCAGAUCAACAACAGCUUUCUGAAAUUGAAUCCGCUUCUCAUUCAAGGAAGCGUAGGGGAUCCUCAAGAAGUACUACUGGUAAUAAUGGUGCUGGUGUUACCACUGGUGGUCAAAUUCAGCCUUUUGACGAGCAGCCUGUGUCUAAUUUAAGAGCUACUCCCCUGCCUGCUUUUUCACAUGGACAUUUAGAUAGCCCGUCACUACUACCGGGUGUUCCAGAACCUGCCUAUGCAACUGGCAUUGUGGACACUGACAUCUCUGACGAAAUCAGUUUCUUUGAUAAGGUCAAGAAAGCCAUAGGCAACAAACAGACUUAUAACGAGUUCCUCAAGUUCUUGCGGUUGUACACAAGUGAUGUCAUCGAUAAGGACACUUUGGUUGAGAAAGUACAAGGAUUCAUUGCUAACUCCCCAGAAUUGUUUGCAAAGUUUAAGGCAAUUGUCGGCUGGGAAGCCAAACCUCUACGAAUUGAGAACAUUGCCAUUCGUAAGGAGCUAAUGGACCUUGGUAUGCGGAAAGCUGCUGGUCCAUCUUACCGUUUAUUGCCUAAAUCCCAGUCUCACAAGCCUUGUUCUGGUCGUGAUGAGUUGUGCUGGGAGAUUUUCAACGAUGAGUGGGCUGGUCAUCCAGUCUGGGCUUCCGAAGAGUCGGGAUUCAUUGCUCACAGAAAAAAUCAAUACGAAGAGAUUUUGUUUCGUAUUGAAGACGAACGUCAUGAGUACGAUUUUUUCAUGGAAGCUAAUUUACGUACCAUUCAAACCCUCGAGACUAUUGCCAAUCGUAUGGCUAAUAUGACAACCGAAGAGAAGGCAAAAUUCAAGCUUCCUGCCAAUUUGGGUCACACUUCAACUACAAUUUACAAGAAAGUAAUCAGAAAAGUGUAUGACAAAGACCGUGGCUGGGAAGUUAUUGAGGCAUUGCGUGAGAAUCCUGUUCUUGCUGUUCCUGUCGUUCUAAAAAGAUUGAAACAGAAGGAUGAAGAAUGGAAGAGAGCUCACAGAGAAUGGAAUAAAGUGUGGCGUGAGGCCGAACAGAAGAUAUUCUACAAGUCUUUGGAUCAUCUCGGUCUUGCUUUCAAACAGAUGGAUAAAAAGUUACUCACCAACAAACAGUUGGUGAACGAGAUCUGCACUAUCAAAAGAGAGCAGACGCAUAAGAAGAUUCACCCGUUAAUGCCACGUCCAAAAUCGCAGCUCUUGUGUCAGUACAAUGAUUUUGAGGUGAUGAUGGAUGUGCUUCAGCUUAUUUACGUGUUUUUGGAUCACAACCAGACAUAUUCUCCUUAUGACAAGUCUCGAAUGGAGGUAUUUAUCAGGUCAUUCUUGAUAAGAUUCUACUUCUUAAGUCAUGAAUUUAUUGACGAGUCAUUGCGAAGACGCGGUGUUAAUAUUUCACGCGAUCGUCAUGGCGAGGAGUCUUCUGAGGAAUCCGAGGCUUCUUCUUCCGCCACCUCUAGUUUGGGUACUCUUUCUCAGACAAGAAAGCGUCCCAGAGAGUAUGAUUUAUUGAGGGAUGUUCUUCGGAAAUCGAAGCGUAGAAGAAACCACGAGGAUGACCAUGAAUCAGAUGAGAGUGACGCACAAAGAUUGGCCGAUGAAGAGGUGGAGAGGGCCCAAAGUAACUGGAUUGCAGAAACAGGAAAGCCAAAUAGUGCGGAUAGCGCUACUAAGGCUGCUGAAUUUGCUUCUGCUUCUGCCAGAGACGAGUUUAACGUUUUCUGCAAUACGCAAAUCUAUGUGUUUUUCAGAUAUAUUGAUGUGUUGUACAAGAGACUUCUUGGAGUGAAAAAUUUGGCACCAGCUGCGAACAGGGAGAUUAAAUCGAGAGCCGAAACCAAAUUUGCCAAGGAUUUGGGUCUCAUUGAUUACUCUCUAGAGGAUCAGAGUAUAAACAUCAAGGGAAAUGAUUCUUAUCACGAGGCUCUUGAUCUCUGUGUUAAAUUGAUUCAAGGUAAAGUUGAGCAAAAUGCGUUUGAGGAGUGUCUUCGUCAAGGAUUCCUCAACAAAGCAUUCAAGUUAUUCACUAUCAAUAAGGUGAUCCAAGGAGUUCUGAAGCACUGCCAUACACUUGUCACGGACUCGCGUUGUGGAGAGAUCUUAAUGUUGAUGGAAAAGGAUAGAAACACACCAGUUUCAACGGCCAAAGACCAAAUCGUUUACAGGAUGCAAGUAAGAAGCCAUAUGCACGCCGACGAGAACAUGUUCAAGAUUUCGUAUAACAGGAAAACCAGUACAGCCGAGAUCGUGUUUAUUGCAGUGGAUGAUUUGACCGUUAGAGACUCGUCCAAGACCAAGGAGGAAAAAUGGAACUACUAUAUGACAAGUUAUUCCAUGUCAUAUCCAACAGAGGGACUAGAUUCUUCGAAGCUGCACGUUCCCUUCUUGAAAUCAAGUCUUGAACAAGAAGAGACCGGAGAAGGAGAAAGUGAGGACGAGAUUGAAGGAGUGUCAGAUUCUAAACUUAAAGUGAAGGUGGAUAUGGAUACGUACAGGCUUGUAUUUGAUGAAGACUCAUAUGAUUUGUUUGUGCGAAACUCUGUUUACUCCAAAAGCAAGUCAGAGAAACCUUUAGCUAAGCUUCGCUUGGACUAUCUCAGAAAGAGUCUUGAAGGCGAGUACGGAUUAGGAGCCACUAAAAAUGCUGAGGAGGUCAAAAAGGCUACCGACACGUUUGAAUUGUUGUUGUCCAAAAGUCAGUAG